UAGAAAGUGGUGGAUGCUUGUGUAUUUACACAAACACUUGAUACUCUUUCACAAAUAAAUGUAAAACAUUCAAGCGGCAUAAAAUGCUUGAUAAUUCUUCUGAUACAGAUCAUAGAAAGACAAUUUGAAAAACAAUUAUGUUCUGUAAGUGUCAUAAAUAUCUCUUUAUUUUCCUUUAGUCCACAGCUAAGUCUUAUGAAUCCAAUCAAAAUGGUCCAAAACUCAAUCUUUAAUCAUUGCUGAUGUCAGGAAGGAUCCAGCAGAGUUGUCUUGUCAUAAGACAUCAAUAUGGCCAUGGAUUGAUCAAAAUAUUUUAAUAUUUGCUACAGCUGCAGCAUCCUAUAUUCUCACAAAACAAAUAUCGCUAUUUCUAUGAAAGCCUUUGUUCUUGGUCCUUAGUAGUUAUAAUUUUCUCAGAGUGACAAUAAGACUAGAAGCACAACAGCAGCCUUAAACUCCGGGAAAGUUCUUGGUUGUCCUUUUUUGUUGCCUCACAACAAGCCACAAUGGCGGCUGAAAACUAAUGGACGUUUCUCUUCUCUUGUGAGCUGUAAAACCAUCCAAAAUUUAGAGAAUGGACCCUGUUGGAGAGGACCAACCGGACACUAUAAAGCUGAAAUCCAUCAAAGACUAUAAGACUUUCACGGUGCCUCAAAAUGACAGGUUCGGGAGCUGCAGAAGUGUCCGAGAGUUUGAGAAACUCAACCGGAUAGGAGAAGGAACGUACGGCAUCGUGUACCGAGCCCGUGACACCAAGUCGGAUGAGAUUGUAGCGCUGAAGAAGGUCCGCAUGGACAAAGAGAAAGAUGGGAUCCCCAUCAGCAGCCUCAGAGAGAUCACGCUGCUGCUGAGGCUGAGGCAUCCCAACAUUGUGGAGCUGAAGGAGGUGGUCGUUGGCAGCCAUCUGGAGAGCUUAUUUCUGGUGAUGAGUUACUGUGAGCAGGACCUGGCCAGUCUGCUGGAGAACAUGCAGACGCCCUUCUCUGAGGCCCAGGUGAAGUGCAUCGUCCUCCAGCUGCUCCGCGGGCUGGAAUAUCUCCACCACAACUUCAUCAUCCACAGGGACCUGAAGGUGUCUAAUCUGCUGAUGACGGACAAAGGCUGCGUGAAGAUCGCUGAUUUCGGGUUGGCCAGGCUGUAUGGGAUCCCCCAGCCGCCUAUGACCCCCAGAGUGGUCACGCUGUGGUACAGAGCUCCAGAGCUCCUCCUGGGGACCAGAAUACAAACUACAGCUAUCGACAUGUGGGCUGUGGGCUGUAUCCUGGCGGAGCUGCUGGCCCACAGACCUCUGCUUCCUGGGACCUCUGAGAUCCAGCAGGUGGACCUGAUCGUGCAGCUGCUGGGAACGCCCAAUGAGAACAUCUGGCCUGGUUUCUCUCAGCUUCCCCUCAUCGGCCAGUACAGUCUGAGGAAGCAGCCGUACAACAACCUGAAGAAUAAGUUCACCUGGCUGUCUGACGCUGGGCACCGACUGCUCAACCUGCUCUUCAUGUACAACCCACAGCGCAGAGCGACUGCCAAGGACUGCCUGGAGAGUUCCUACUUCAAGGAGAAACCUCUGCCAUGCAAACCGGACCUGAUGCCAACGUUCCCCCACCAUCGCAACAAGCGAGCUGCUGCAGCUGCAGAGAGCCGCUCCAAGCGAAGCCGAGUAUAAAGACGGUGAGACGCUGGACUGGGACCUGGGCAGGUCUCACUGCGACGAACCAGUCUUAACUGGAAGGACGAAGUUAUGACCGUUUAAUAAUCUGCAUGUUUGUGGAUUUCAUCUCACCUGUCCUUCCUGUGGUUUGACAGGCUCCCUGAAUGUCUCGCAGUGGAAAGAAGAAAUGAAUGUAGGCGUUUCUGUGCCAGACCUCACUUGUGGAUAGUUUUACGUGUACAUGUACGAGCUGCGUUUCCUUCUUAACCUCGCAGGUGUUCUUUAAGACACAAAUGUCUUCGAUGUGGCAUUUUAAUGGCCCCUGGUCCCCUGUGAAGCUCCAGAUCGGCUGCAGGGUGGAUGCCAAAGAUGGAAACCCAAAUCCUGGCCUGGCAUUGGUCCUCACAGCCGUCUGCAGAUGGAGCAGCGAGUGCUGUUAAAGUGUCCUUGUGGCAAAUUACUGAACCUCUAAAAUCUGCUCUUAUUUUAUUUUAUUUUUAUUUCUCGUACUGGGACAAAAGAAAUUCUUGUUCUUA